AUGGGAGCCAGCGAUUUAGCAUAUUCCCACGUGUUGCAAGACACGAUGGUGAGCUUGGCAGUUCGAGGCGCCGCUGGGAGAUGGCACUUGAUCGCUGUCACCACACUGUUGAUGGUGAUGAGGGCGAACUCCGAGAUCUUAUAUGCCGAAACUGCACCGAUGCCUUACAGCGUUUGGGCAGCCGACCUGCUACCAGGGUAUGUGCUCAACCCAGCUAUCAGGAAUGGACGAUCGUGUGUGUGUAAGGAGAAAACUCUGGCAGCCCUGAUGGAGUCUUCCUAUGGGUUUAUGUCAAAUGCCUUCACCGUUGGAGGACUUGGUACCGCUGCUCAGCCAGAAUCCUCCUUCGACUAUGUCUAUAUUACGCCCGGCCCGAUCAAUCUUGCUCCAGCCAUUUUAACUACAGCUAGAGCUACGACUACACCACAGCCGACGACAACUACAACAACUACACCUGAAGCAACAACUACAACAACUACACCUGAAGCAACAACUACAACAACUACACCUGAAGCAACAACUACAACAACUACACCACAGCCGACGACAACUACAACAACUACACCUGAAGCAACAACUACAACAACUACACCUGAAGCAACAACUACAACAACUACACCUGAAGCAACAACUACAACAACUACACCUGAAGCAACAACUACUACAACUACUUCUACAACGUCUUCAACAUCAACUACAACAUCUACAACAUCUACAACAUCUACAACGUCUUCAACAUCAACUACAUCAUCUACAACAUCUACAACAUCAACGACUACACCUGCUGCAUCAACCUCAGUAUGUGGCAGCGCAUGCAGUAUAGAGAUCACCGUAGACUCGAGCUACAAUGAGCCGCCUGUAGUGUGGAGUUCACCUGGCUGGGAUGAGGGACUCCCCUAUCCUGACGACUGCGAAUGCACUUUCACAGUCCACUACGUUGGCUCUGGGGCCAUCCUCAGCUAUAUCUUUGCGGAAAACUCUCGAAUUAAAGCUGUUAGUAACUGCCAGUAUGACCGCUUGGAAAUUUCUGCUCCAAAUUACAUCGACAAAAUAUGUGAUACUGAAAUAAAGUCGAAAGAUAAGACUUACUUAAUGUACAACGACUACGAUAUCGUAUACAAGUUCAUCAGUGACUCAGCAGAUGGCAAUCAAGUGGACGGUGGUUUUAGUUUAACAUUUUCCGCUAUGUUUAUUGGGAAGAAGUAAACGACAUUUUCAAAGGUAUAUUGACCACCUCGCUAUCGUUACUUGUAAUUCAACGAAUGCAUGGUAAAUAAGAUUAAACUUUUAUACUUUUAAAAGAUGAAAUCUUAAUUCAAAUAUAGUGGUGAAAUAAUAUAUACAUGUAUAUAUACAUACAUACAUAUAUAUAUAUAUGCAUGUAUGUAUGUAUGUAUUGCAUGUAGGCGUAGGCAGAUAUGUUCUUUUGAAGUUUUAUUUCGGUUGAGAAUAUUGGUUGCCGAUCAAAAUUAUACUAAUGAUAAUAAAAGUAAAUCAAUAAAAAAAUCUGAUAUAAACUAACA